CAUACAUCCCAUCAUGCUUUGUAAAGACAGGUGAUUGCAUCAAAGACAAACAUGGCGGAAGUUCAGUGAGAAUCAGAGUUCGUCUUGAGUGACCUUCAUUAUUUCCAGAAUAUUCCACGCUAGGUCAGCAUGACGUCGUGAUAAGUAUUGUAGCUACUUACAGGACAGUCCAAAGACAAGUUUGACUCGCGUCCGAGGUAUUCUUAAUAUUGAGCAGAUAAGAAACUCAUCAGACAACACUUGAAACUUUGGGAUAUCAUAAAAUCUUAAAAAACAGACGUCUUGCAGUCUUGGUAAAGCAUAGAACUAUUCACAGACAUAAGUCAAAGUGUUUACAGAGACUACAACAACAAGAAGAACAGAUUUUGUGACGAAGCAACAACAAAGAAGAAGAACAAAGUGAGAUUUUAGAAGCAGCAACAACAACAAAGAAGACACAAAUUGUGAGAUCCAAUAACAACAACUCCAAAGAAAAAGAAGAACACACAAAGUUUGCGAAAUCUACGUGCCAGUCCAGGAUGGAAUUCCGAGUCGAGAGCAACAUGUCAAAGAGCCAGGCGUUUCUCCUGCUCCUGAAGAUGGCAGCGUCAGCAGCGAUCUCCUACUACACACUCAAGUGGCUCAUGGACCAGGUGGACCCGACAAGGAAACAAAAAGUCGAGGCAAAGAAAAAGGCCAAUCAAAUCAUGAAGAAACUUGGAAUAACGGGAGUCAGGCUGAAUGAGUACGAGCUGACCAUCGCGGCCCACCUGGUUGACCCGGGCAGCAUGACGGUGUCGUGGACGGACAUCGCUGGUCUGGAGGACACAAUUAGUGAACUCCAGGAGACCGUCAUCGUGCCGUUCCAGAAACACUCCAUGUUUGAAGGGUCUCAGCUGUUGCAGCCGCCUAAAGGUGUGUUGCUGUAUGGCCCACCUGGCUGUGGAAAGACCAUGAUCGCCAAGGCCACGGCCAAGGAGGCGGGGUGUCGGUUCAUCAACCUGCAGCCGUCUGUGCUGACGGACAAGUGGUACGGGGAGUCCCAGAGACUGGCCUCCGCCGUCUUCCAUUUGGCCACUAAGAUCCAGCCAGCCAUUAUCUUCAUCGAUGAGAUUGACUCCUUCCUGAGGCAGCGCCAGUCUCAGGACCACGAGGCCACCGCCAUGAUGAAGGCAGAGUUCAUGUCACUGUGGGACGGACUCGCAACAAACCCAAGGUGUAAGGUGAUGGUGAUGGGAGCCACCAACAGACCUCAGGAUGUGGAUCAGGCCAUCCUCAGACGUAUGCCAUCAAGGUUCUGGAUCAAUGUACCUAAUGAGAAACAAAGAGAGAGCAUUUUGAAGCUCAUCCUUGCAAAUGAAGUAGUCUCAGAGGAUGUUAACUUGAGGAAAAUUGCUGAGCAGACCGACGCAUGUUCAGGCAGUGACUUGAGGGAGGUCUGUCGCAACGCCUCGGUGUACCGGGUACGCGAUCUGAUGAAAGAAGAAAAGGCGAAGGAGGACAAACAACAGGAACAACAAGACCAACAGCAAACAGAUCAGCAGGUGCAAGAUGAGGCUGGAGCAACAGGGGGCGCUCUUGAGGGUGCUGUGGGAGGCGCCACGGAAAAACCUGAAGAGUCACAAACAGAGAAUGGUCAGCCAGCUCUCCGGCCGAUCACCAUGGCGGAUUUGCAGUUAGCUGUCAACAAACUGAAAGACACCAAGAACACUGCUUCUGACCACACCAGAAAUAUGUACAGUUGAAAACCAAACAAACCCAGCCCUCAGUCUUCUUAGCGUAGGUUUCUUCUGUCCUUAGAAGAUACAGGCUUUAACUGCAUCCAAAACAUAAUACAUCUUCUGAUGCAGGGCUCAGAUUAUCACCUGCAUAUGCGGGUUAGUGCAGGUAAAAUUAAAAAGUUUAAACCUGUGCCAAACCUGUACCAGCCAACAGCCCCACAGAACUGGGUGUGUAAGUGAAUGUGGAUUUUUACUAACAAUAUUCACUAGAUCUAUUAUUGUAUAUUUUGGGCCCUGUAGGGCAAGUAAAUUCACUGUGUACUAGCAACAAGUUAUUUCAAAAUGCUACAUUUAUUAUUAUCAUUUGACAUCAUCAAGGUUAUACUGCCUUAUGGGUUGACAUACCCUUUUGUUAGCUGAUGUACAAGGCAGGGAUGCACUAGGUCUCCCGUUUGACUGAAUGAUGUAAAUCACUGUUUACAUUAUAACAAUGUAAUGUUACGUCAAUGUAAUGUCUUGUAAAAUUCUUUGCUUUUAUAGUUUUAAGUUGCAAUUCAAAAGAAUGUUUUAAUACAUGUACUACAUAUGUAUGUACAUCAUGAAAUAAGUUAUACAAUUGUAUGCAGAAUUUCUGAUCAGGAUCUAAGAAAGUUGAUUUCUAGAACAAAGGCCUUUAAGUGAUGUAGCUACUCUGCAUUGACUCUCGCUGCUCUAAAGGAGAAUAGAAAUAUCUAAUACCGGUAGUCUGAAUCUUUAAAAUCUAAUCUAAAAUUUCAGGUACAUUGUGUAUUACUGUAACCUGUUGAAAGAAAGAAUUUCAUUUUUGCCUUAAGCAAAUUGUCAAGGCUGAGAUAUGAAAGUAAGCUAUAAAUUAUAAUCAAGAUUACUCAGUCCAAAGGUUCCUUGUGUACUUAAGGAAAUGUACAGUUGUUAGAGAUAGCUUGGCAUCCGUCAUAUUCCAGCUCUGGUUCACUCUUCCAAUCACUUCUACGCAUAUUAGUCUGGCCCGAGUCCCCAUUGAAACAUUUUGUCCUUACAUUCUGCAUUAUUUUGAGCAUCAAGUAUUUCACAGCAGCAGCGUAAUGAGAAUUGAGCUUCUGAAAACCUGUUUCAACCCUGUUUCAAUUCUGUUCAAUUCAAAACAGUCAUGUCUGUUGCCCACCUAUAUUUUUGGCAAAUAUUCAAAUGCCAAAUCCUUUUUGUAUCAAUGGUUGCCAUCUAGCUGCCGACCUAAGGUCUUGGAAGAAACUUACAUUCGCCUGAUGAUGAUGGUUGCCAGACUAUUCUACAGGAAAGUGAUCAGAAGAGGGAUUUGUAGUUAGAAUCGGAUGGAUGCCAGGCUAGAUAUGUGAAAUGGCAACUGAACACCCUGCUGUAGCCUGACUAAAUUACUCUUCUUUAGUUCUAGAAGCCGGCUAACAAGUCUGGAGAACUGGAAAAGUCCAAUCCUGUUGAUCAUGCUUCACUCCAACUGGAAAUGAUUACUUUACAUGUUUAGUAUGUGUUAGCAGUGGACCAUGCUGUCUGAAUUAAAUGAUAUUACAA